AUGAUCAUGAGCUCUUAUUUGAUGGACUCUAACUACAUCGAUCCGAAAUUUCCUCCAUGCGAGGAAUAUUCGCAAAAUAAUUACAUCCCAGACCACAGUCCGGAAUAUUACAGCCGGACCCGGGAGUCCAGCUACCAGCAUCACCAUCAAGAGCUGUUCCCAGUUCCACGACCCUCCUUUCCCGAACGCCCCUUCAGCUGCGGGGGGCUCCAAGCUCCCGGGAACCAGCGGGGACCCGGCCCGGCUCCGGGCUCCCAUCACAUCCCAGAGAAAAACCAACACCACCAGCAGCAGCAGCAGCAGCUUUGCGAGCAGGCUGCUGCUCUGUCCACCUCUUCCACCACCACCACCACUCCUUCCCCAGUCCCUCCAGCCUGCAGCCAGCCAACCCCCGAGCAUCCCACCAGCACAGCAUCCAAACAACCCAUAGUCUAUCCCUGGAUGAAAAAAAUCCACGUCAGUACUGUGAAUCCCAGUUACAAUGGAGGCGAACCCAAGCGGUCCCGCACAGCCUACACGAGGCAGCAGGUCCUGGAGCUGGAAAAGGAGUUCCACUAUAACAGGUACCUGACCCGGCGGCGACGCAUCGAGAUCGCGCACUCCCUGUGCCUCUCCGAGCGCCAGAUCAAAAUCUGGUUUCAGAACCGAAGGAUGAAGUGGAAAAAAGACCACAGGCUGCCCAACACCAAGGUGCGAGCAGCAGCCCCCCCCGCCGCUCCCGCUCCCACCACCACCAUCACCACCACCUCCGCCAGCACCACCACUACCACCGAGGAGCUGCCCUCCGCCCCCGCGCAGGAUCCGCGCACGGAGGAUAUCACCAGGUUAUGA